CUCAGUACUAUAGUGACUCCGCUCAAGAUACAUCUGCAAGCAAACAAUUUUACGACGACCGAGCUUCGUUCAGAUUAUCAGUACUACCAACACCUGCAGGAAUCGGCUCCUCUUCUUCGUAUCCGACGUAUCCCCUCCUAAUCAUCUAUUUUCGUUCGCAUUGCACCCCACAGCAACCGACUAGACGGGCACGCUGCAUGCGACCACAUUCGAAAACUUUUUCAGCCAUUCGCCACUAGCUUGGACGAGCCUAUCCAGGUAGCUUGAGCUCAGCCUAGGCUCAAGCUCUAUCGAGCUCUUGCCAAGUACACAGAACUUUGAGCUGCAUUCGGACUCUCGGCACAUCGUCACACCUUUUUACGACCGCAAAGAUGAUGGACAGCUCACAGGCAACGGCAACGCUCGUCAAGAGUUAUGUGAGCGAAGACAGGGGAGACCGGCCACCACUCUCCCAAUCCCGCGAGAUAGGGGGUGCCGUACCAAUCAAGAGGCCAGAGGGAGCCCAGGCCCUGAACUUCGCAAAGUCGUGGUCGCAUUUUGUCGCAGGAGGCAUUGGAGGCAUGACAGCAGCAGCCCUUACAGCACCAUUAGAUGUGCUCAAGACGCGACUGCAAUCCGACUUCUACCAGCAACAAAUACGCCAACGCAAUGUAGCAGUUCAGAGCUUCAGUGGUCUGACUGGCCCUUUUCGGAUGAUGCACUUCCACCUAGGCGAGACCUUUGCGAUUUUAGGUUCAGUCUAUAAACAAGAAGGGCCGCGUGCGCUCUUCAAGGGUCUCGGGCCCAACCUGGUCGGCGUCAUACCCGCGAGGUCAAUCAACUUUUUCACAUAUGGCAACAUGAAGCAGUUAUUAUCCGGCCACUUCAACGGCGGAAUCGAAGCAGACUGGAUCAAUUUUGUGUCAGCAAUGACGGCUGGCGUCGUCACAUCAACCGCCACGAACCCGAUAUGGCUGAUCAAGACGCGCCUGCAACUCGACAAGAGCACGGCGGCUCGUAGCGGCACAGGCAGGCAGUACCGAAACAGCUUUGACUGCCUCAAGCAGGUCCUUCGCAAUGAGGGUAUCCGUGGCAUGUACAAGGGAAUGAGUGCCUCGUACCUCGGCGUGACCGAGUCGACCUUGCACUGGGUGCUGUAUGAGCAGAUGAAGGCCUCGCUCCGACGGCGCGAGGAGGAACUUGUGCUCAGCGGCAGGCCCAAGACGACCUGGGACAAGGUUGUCGACUACACAGGCAAUGUGGUGGCUGCGGGAACCGCCAAGCUGCUUGCGGCCGUACCUACGUACCCCCACGAGGUCGCACGCACAAGGCUCCGACAGGCACCCAUGGCCGACGGCAGACCCAAGUACACGGGUCUGGUCCAGUGCUUCCGGACGGUGUGGAUAGAGGAGGGCGUCGCAGGUCUCUGGGGAGGUCUGACGCCGCAUCUGCUGCGCACUGUGCCCAGCGCUGCCAUCAUGUUCGGCAUGUACGAGGGCAUUCUGCUGUUGCUCAACAAGCCUGAAGCGCCAAAGCUGGAUGAUCAAAAGGCCCGAUGAGGUCUCGUACCGACGGGCUCCUGAUCAUACACACACAAUUCACCAAUUUCACCCUGUACAAUUACAAAACGGCACUGGACUUCUCUCAGGGGAGGACCCCUGACUUGUACAUCUACUAAUACUCUCUUCACUAUCCAGGGGAUAUCAAGGCAUGAUAAGUAUCUGCUCUUCUCAUGACAAUUUUCUUGUAUACCACAGCUACUUUUCCUUUCUGUAUUUUUAUUCUAUUUUUUGUACAAUGCAUGUACAGUAGCGGGAGAAAGGCGGCAACCAAUACAGGAGUGAAAAAGCACCUGGCCCAAAAGACAGCCGGGUCGGCGUGUACGAUAGGAAACAAGAAAGAGGGAGCAAGGAUAAAAAAAAAGAAGGCUGUAUAUAAUACCGAGUAUGGCAGGCUGACAUCGGCGACAGAGAGGACUGUAUAUACGACUCCUCCCAUUCACAACCCGUCCUAUUGAGCUUCUACUUGACAUAGCGGUGACUUAAAGGUUAUGAGCAGGCG